AAGCCACAAACUCGUGCGCUGCACUUUGGUUCCCUUUGUUGUUGCAAUUAUUUAUUUAUUACACCAAGUAAAUGUGUGAAAAAUAAUACAAAAAUUAGGCCAUGUCCUCGCGACGGCAACGCAUUAAGGCAACUGCCAAUCUCAGUCAAAUCAAACGCAAACCACGCAAAGAAGAUGCCGAUGCAGAACCGAAACCUGAACCAGAACCCGAACCGGAGCCCCUCCCCAUUCCGUUCGCCAAGCAGGAGAGCGUUGAGGAGGAUGCAUCUGAAGUUGCAUUUAAAAUGCCAGCGGCCAGCAACGUCAAUCAGUUGGAUGAUGUGUUCCAUCACUCAGAUCUGGAGGACAAUGUCAUACAAAUGGAUUUGCAGAAAACGGCAAGCGGAUUCCCCAUGUCGCCCAGCAAGGCGCAGGCACGCCAACGUGUGCGUCCCACGCCCGUGUUUGGUCAGCGACGCAACAGCUUUGUGGGCUCACCAAUGGCGCCCGACUACGACGGGGAUUAUCAGUCGCCGGGCACGCCUACGCGCCGGGAGCGCUACCUGAGCGGCUCAUCGAUGAGCGGCGCGAGUGGAACGCCACAGCAGUCACUGGCAUCGCCCAAGUACUUUCCGGGUGGUGGCGUUAUGAGUCCUGGCAUGGGACGCAUACGCACCGAGUCCAGCUGCUCCGUCUACUCGGACAGUGGCAAGCAGCGGGGCAAGGGUGAAGGCGACAAAUCCCAGUCGCUUGCCCAGCAGCGCAUUAAUGUGAAGCGUGACUUUGAGACGCGCUUCAACAAGGGCAUUCCGGACAAGUCCACAUUCAAAAUGUUCGACAUGAUCUUUUACAAUCCCGAUAGCAAUCCCAUGGAACAGAAACCGCUGGUGACAACCAUCAAGGCAGAGGCAACUGCCUCGGCGGCGGCAAACAAUUCCGAUGAGUCGAAGCCCUCAUCUUCCGAAUUGCUGGAGGCUAAAGCGGAACCGUCGGCCGGUGGUGGUGGCACUGCAGCCAUGCCGGUGCCACAGCUAAAACUGGACGCCAACGGGGAGAUGAUCAUCGAUGAGAAGACAUUGGAGAUUGAGACCACUGCCGAGGUGGAAGCACGCAAAGUUUUGGCCAACUCAUCGCUGAUACUCAUGGACGAAACAACGGGUGAUAAUGGUUUCUACAGGCGGCACAAGCGCACGCCCACCUGGUCAGCGGAUGACACGGUUCGCUUCUAUCGCAGCCUGCAAAUAAUCGGCACCGACUUCUCUCUGAUGUGCCAAAUGUUUCCCAAGCGCACGCGGCGCGAUUUAAAGCUGAAGUACAAGCGCGAGGAGCGCAUCAAUGGGCAGCUAAUCAAUAAGGCGCUGCUCUAUCCGAAGGCAUUCAAUAUUCAGGAACUGAAGGAUAAGCUCGAGCAGGAGGAUCGCGAGCGUGCCGAGGCAGAUCGCAAGUGGCAGGAAAUCGUUGCAGCUCAGGCGGAAACCACGAAAAAGCGCCCCAAAUCGCAUCAGAGCAAAGCGGCGCGCAACCUCAGCGAUGGUGAUCUGGUGUACGAGAAUGAGCACGUGACCAAGCAGAAGCUGGGCAAGCAUGCACUGGCGAAGCGUCGAGCGGAGCUGGUUGAGCAGAAUGGAGAAGCAGUUGGAGUAAAGCGGAAGCGUCGCCCCCUAAACCAACAGCCGAAGGACUAUGAGCAAGUGCAGCCACAAGCUAGCUUGCAACAAGUGAGGGCAGGCGUAAAGCAGAAAGUGCAGCAGCAGCAGCAUGAGGAACUGCAGCAACCUGUGCCUGUGCAAAUACUGCCGGCCUUUCCUGCGAUCAUAAAACGAGAGAAUUGCAUCAGCGAAACAACUGAACAGAUGAGCAGUCAAUCCUUGUGUAUGGCCAAGGGUGAACAGCUACAAGAGGAGCUAAAUUCGUUGCUGAGCGAAUCGCCGCGGGAGAUUACGGAGAAGAAACCGCUGCGAGAUAAAGUUGUCAUCAAUAUGGACGAUGGUUCGCUCAACUAUGUCAGCGAUGUGGAAACCCCAACAGACACUGACACCGAGGCAACAUACAUUGUUGACUUUAUUGCGGAAGAGCCACCAUUGGAGGAUAGUCCCAAUUCGUUGGAUUCCGUCAGUGAGCACGAUAUCGAACAAAUACUUGCAGAGCUCUCGGAGGGCUCAAUGGUUUUGGUGUCCUCGUUGAAUGCGGAUCAAGAGGAUCGAGUUGUCAAUGAGAUUUACAUCCACGACAAGGAAACGGGAGAGCUGAGCGAACAUCCGCUGAAAAUACCUGAGCAUAUUGUUCAGUGUAUACUGAAUGUUAUGAGUUAAGUCACAGAUCAAUAUUUUUUCAGUUUCUCAUAAUAGACAUAGUUUUUUAAUUUUUAUUCAUAUACACGAUACAUAUACAUAUGUAAAUAUAUAUAAUUUAUUAAAUAAAGUUUGAAUUGAGCACACAGUCUGCAUACGGUACGGCAACGCCGUAUGACAGUGUUGGCUAACAUUA